AGUUUUCAUUUGGAGAAUUAUAUUAACCAGUGGUCGUAAACAUUGAUCACGCGCAGAUUGACAUCAACAGAAAAUAAUUAUUCAUAAAUGAUGGCGUACACUAGCGUAGGUUCUCCGAAGUGUUCGCUCACUCAUAUAGCUAGCAACUGGUACACAACGCCAAGUUCCGUUACAUUAAUUAAAACCCAACAAAUGAUAUUCGUUUCCCCCCUUAGCUGCCACUUCCUUUGAGCUCUUCAUAAUAUGAUGUUCUUUUCUAAGUAAAAAAGCUAUUUAUUAUGAUAUAGGUAAAAUUGUACGAUCAUGACAACGAACAAAAGCUAAACAAGGAAAACCCUUGUCUAUUUGCCUAUGAUUGGUGUGCGCUUUACUGCUCUAACAACAUGCAGCUCAAAGGUUUGAAAGCUGUAGUUGAGUUGAGGCUCGUAACUAGUUUUUUUCAUAAUUCCUUUCUCUGACUGAAUCGUGGUUCGAAAACGCAUCGACAAAAAAAACAGUACAGUACAAAGAGCAGUUAAAUAAAAUGAAGAAAAACAUUCACGCAACAUCAAUAUCCGCCUAAUGACUUCCCAAGAUCCAGUACACCACGACUUCGAGACACAGCGUGCCAUCGAUUGAAACGCGUCGAGAUAUGAACGUGAUGAAAGACUUUAAACAUUGAACUUAAUCUCGCUCGGCCAAAGCGUAACUCAUGACAAAACGGAAGCGUAGCUUCAAAACAUAAGUUUCAAGGGAAAAGAGAAAACAUUGGAGCUCACGUUAUUAUAGCGUAAUGAAAAUUUUGAAAUAGCCAACAUGUUAAGGCAGAAUAGAGAAAUCUUGGCUAACCCUAACGCUCGUUUAAUUUUGUUCUAUAAGAUUCUAAUUAAAAAAAAUGUUACAAAACCAAAUUUAAAUAGCGAGAAUCUUCAAUAUCCGUUUAUGAUGUAGCAUAUGAAUUUACUUUUUCAAAUUGCAUACAUCUGUAUCAUAACACUGCUGUAAUAUGACAAAAUGCUUGAACAAUUGAACAAGAGAAAAAACUUAAAUCAAUCUUUUGCACGAAACGACAAUUGCUUGUUUUCCCAACAGAUUCGAAUGUAAUUUCCUCUAAAGAAUGAUAAUAACAAACAACAUUGGAAAAUUCACCUCUAACCAUAGGUAAGCUUUCGUUUUAAGAAGGCGCCUAAUGAACAGCGUAUUAGCGAGCGACUUCCUGAUGUGCUGAAGGAGUUAAAUACACUCAUUUGCGAAAACACCACUCAAUUUUAUGGCACUAGCACGCGAUUUCCUCAUUUGUCUUUCGCUAUCCUAGCUAGCAGUUUAGACGUCGGCAUAUUGCAACGUUCAGACAGAAAACAAUCCUAUAAAAAUUGACAGUAAAUCGAUUUGUGACAACAGUUGUCAGUGGCCAAGUGUCGUGCUAGCAAGCAGCAGUUUAAGUGAACAACUACCGGAAGGCGAGCAAUGAAAUCUAUCGUUCUCCUUGCUGCAGUUUUGACAGUGUUGUCUGUGCAGCUUGUAAGAGCGACGGACGAUAUAGAGUCGCUGAUUGAUUCCUGCAGCAAGGUUGUGGAAGGAAUGACGGAAGAUUUGAAAGCUCGAUACCGAGCGAACGCAUUUCCGGACGAUCCCGUAACGCAUUGCUUCGUGAGAUGUCUCGGACUCACGCUUAAUCUUUACGACGAUGAGGAAGGGGUCGAUUUGCAUGCGAACUGGGAAUAUCUGGGCAAAGUGGAUGAUGAGAUCGAAUUUAUCGCCAAGCAUCGCGACUGUCUGGAUAAUAGAAAUUUAGCAUUGAUCGACAAUCCGUGCGACCGUGCUUAUAGUGCAUUCCAGUGCUUGAAGGAAGAGUACGGAAUGGAUCAAAGCAGCAGCAACAGCACCAGCAGUACUUAGAGGCGUAUGGUACUUGUGACAAUAACACAAUUUUUUUUCCUAGGGUAUGCCGAAUUCAACCUAGCCUCAGCAAGCAAAGAAGCUGGUUGUUGUGUUAUAAAAACUAAAUAUUGAUGUUUGGUGAAUUGGUAUGGAACAUCUUUAACGGAACUGUAAAAUGUAUGAAGCUCAAAAAUAAAAUGCGAUUAGAACGA